ACUAAUUGAAUGCGAAAGCUGAACUGGUCAUUCUGAUCAUCUCAUCCUGAUCCGGUGUCACUAGUUUGUUAUAAAACUGUUAUAAGUUCCAAAUCUUCGUAUGUGUUAUGUGGUAUGUGUUAAAAUUAUAUUUCAUUCUCAAAUUAAUUUUGGUCAAACGUUAAGACAUUCUUCACAAAUCAUAUUUAAAAUGGCUAAAGCGGCCCCUAAACGAAAGGCUGCAAAUGGAUAUAAAUUAGCUGAACGGUUACCAAAAGGUGAAAUAUUAGAAGAUAUUGGCAGAAAGAAAUGGAAAUUGGGCUCUCCAAUAGGUCAAGGGGGUUUUGGUGAAAUAUAUGCAGCUCAAGAAGAAGGUUCUACAGGGUCAAAUUAUCCAUAUGUUGUUAAAAUUGAACCUCAUGCAAAUGGCCCGUUGUUUGUCGAAAUGCAUUUUUACAUGCGAAAUGCGAAACCUACUGAUAUUGAAGAAUUUAAAAAAGAAAAAGGUCUGAAAACUUUUGGUAUGCCUUUGUAUCUCGGUUCUGGAUCACACGAAUUUAAAAGUCAGAAAUAUCGUUUUGUAGUAAUGGAGAAGUUUGGUACAGAUUUGUGGAAAAUAUAUUUAGAACAUAAAAGAUCUUUCCCUUCUGAUACAGUGUUCAAAUUAGGUAUUCAAAUUUUGGAUGUGUUGGAGUACAUUCAUAAUCGUGGAUAUGUUCACGCCGACAUUAAAGGAGCUAACGUUCUAAUGGGAAUAAUGAAAGGAACUACAAAUCAGGCAUAUUUAAUUGAUUUUGGAUUAGCCACUAAGUUUAGCACAGAAAAGGAAUUUAAACCGAAUCCCAAGAAAGCACAUGAUGGAACAAUAGAAUAUUUAAGUAGAGAUGCUCAUAAAGGUGUGCAAACAAGAAGAGGGGACUUAGAAAUCCUUGCUUAUAAUUUAAUACAGUGGUUAGGUUGUACCUUGCCCUGGGAAAGUAAUUUGAAAGAUCCAAAUGAAGUGCAUAAAAGCAAGGAGGCAUACAUGGAUAAUGUUCCUAAGAUGAUAAAAGCUUGUUUUGGGCAUAAAACCCCACCAGGUGCUAUAGUGGACUAUCUAAACUAUUUAAAAACUCUAAAAUUUAAUACUGAGCCCGACUACAAAAAAAUCCGUAAAAUAUUUAUAUCUGGUAUUAAAGAUGCCGGAGGAUCAGAAAAUGACCCCUUAACAUUCCAUGUAUCUCAGAAAAAAAUACAGAAGAGAAAAGGAGACCGCAAGGACAGCGUAUCACCAAAAAGAAAAAUCAGAAGGGGUAGAAAACCGGAAAAAGAUGUAGAAGAUGAAAUGGAAAAUUGUAAAGAGGAUAGUGAUAAUGAGGAAAAAUCUAAAGAAGUAGAAAAUCCUAAUGAGAAAAUCUCACAAUCAGAUAUAGAUGAUGAAGACAUAAUAGAAGCGAGUGAUGAAGAAGUGGACAGGAAGAAAAGAGGAAGAAAAGGAAAGGGUGAUGAACUGCCCAAGAAGACAGCAGAUGAAAAUAAAAUAAGCGGUGAAAUGGAAGUUUUAAAAAAUAAAAAACCUUUAAAGAGAAAUAAGACUGAAGCCUCAAAAAAGGAUAGUGAUGCAGAGGAAAAUGGGACAGCAGAUCCAUAUGAAGGUUACACUGAAGCAAUGAAGGAAGUAGUAUUGAAAAAGUUGAAGAAUGGAAAGUCAAAGGGUAGAAAGGAUAAUAAAAUACCAGUUAUAGACGAUAAUAUGGAAGGUUACACUGAUAGUAUGAAAGAACUUGUUUUAAAGAAAACAGAAAGAGUAGUAAAUAAAAAGAAUGUUAAAAGUAAAAAUCUUGCCCCUCUUACAAAUGUGAAAAGCGAUUCGUCUGAUUUGACACGAGGAAGUCGAUUGCGUGCCCGUAAAGAUGUAUGUUAUAAUGAUCAAUUAGAUUCUGAUUAAAUUCAUCAAAACAAUUUUGCUAUUAAAGCAGUGACGGAAUAAAGUCUUUUCAUUUAAUUACAUAAUACUUCAAAAUACCUACCAGAAACAUAUUUUUAUUAAUUAAAAAAUGUUAAAACAUUUUAUUGUACUGCUGAAAA